UUAACGUUUGGCAUCCCUGACACAAUCAUGGGCCUUACAUUCAUUGCUGCAGGAUCCAGCGUUCCCGAUGCGAUUGCCUCCGUCCUUGUUGUCCGUGAGGGCGAAGGCGAUAUGGCAGUCGCGAACGCCGUCGGAAGUAACAUUUUCGACAUUCUAGUCUGCAUGGGCUUGCCUUGGAUUCUUCGCUGCGCAAUUUCUCGGGGUCCAGUUAUAAUCUACUCCGAAGGCAUGACCUACGCUACUCUGACCCUCUUUUCAACUGUGCUCAUCCUUCUGGCGGCGACCCACAUUAAUCGGUGGCGACUGACCAAGAAGUACGGCGUCUGCCUGAUGGUGGCCUACCUGGCCUUCUUGAUCCUCUGCAGCCUCUAUGAGUUGAACGUAUUUGGCAUGGUCCAUCCACCCGAAUGUCCAUAUGUGGGCGGGGACUGA